GCCAGCGGCGUACGUGUGCGUGCGCUCCGAUGAGCAAACGACAAAAAGGGAAAAACAGUUGUUGUGUUAAAACCGCGAGAGAGGAAGAGAUAGAUCGGUGUAUUGUUGCGUGAUGGUGUGAUCCAUUCGCUUUGUUCUUCGGUUCUUUUCAAUUUUGCCGCGGAGGGCAUGGCGAAUCGUAGGUGACAUCGGGAAGCCAUUUACUUGGCACUUCUUUUCUCUUCUUUACAGAACACAACGCUUUAUUUAUUGGGGCAAAUGCUUUCAAAUCGGUGAGAAGUAUUAGAGAGGCAAAAUGGCUUCGGGCUUUCCAAGCUCUCAUCAGAGAAAGCUUGGCCCGGCGCCGUUUGCAUCGUUCGAGGACCUCUCAGACGAGCACGAGAACGGCGGCGGAGAGGCAGCUCAGGUAGCGCGAAUGCCGGGCAUAGUAGAGGUGACGACGCCAGUGACACCGGCGAACACGCUUAAAACACCAAGUACGCCGCGCAUCGAUAUCAGUCGUGCGAGCAGUUCCUCUCAUCACGAGGAAGACAGUAAUUCGCACGAGUCCACACCCGAGAAGGAAUUACUCGCCGGUACACCACCCCCAGAAGGAUGUACACUUCAACUGGGUUACAAAGAGGACGUGAACGAUUUACGUUCAUCCACGGAAGAAUUAGAUCUUCAAGACCCAGUCCACCAGCAGGAUUUAAAGCGAGAGGCCAAGCGAGCACGUCGACGAGCGAAAGAUUUUCACGACGGUACGCAAUCCGAGCAUGGAAUUAGUAUCAAAGUGUCAGGCGAUCGCGAGCGCAAGGAUAGUAAUUGUAGCGAGAUAAUAUUGCUGAACAUCAGUGGAAGAACAUCGAGAUUGUCGUCAGUUGGGAGUCAGGGUUCCGGUGUAUCUGGUGGGCUAUCAGUCUCAGCAGCCUCGUCCAGAUCUCCAAGUCCACACAAAUGUCUGCUGGAGACGUCGUUCUGCGGUAGUGUGUCGACCCUCGCGAGUACGUUAAUCGAACCGUCCAAACCAGAGACGGAUGACUUGGCAAAGUUACUUUUGCAACGAGAAGAGGAUUCAACGCGUGCUAUGAUACCCGAAAGCGUUCGUGUACCUGUGGUCGGUGGUAAUCUGAAACCUGACCAAUUGGAUAUGCCACGUAGACUUGGUCGCGAGGAGCGCAAGGAGAUCUUCAAACGCGAGGUCGAAAUCACCAAGAAGGUACUCAAGAGAGUCAACAUUGAGGUGCCAAUAAUAAAGCUGCCGAAAGAGCCUGAUGAUGACUCGAUACAAAAGCCAGCGACACUGGAUUUGAACGACAGACGUAAGAGAUCGCUAAGUUCAGCAUCAACGUCAUCUCGCGGUGGUGGCACUCUCGAGACCCCAAAGCAAAGUCAGCGUCAUCAAAAGGUCCGUGAUCUCGAGGGUUCGAGGACACCGAGUCCGUCUUCCGUCUCAAGAAAAAGUAGCUUUACAUCGCUCUUCAAGGGUCGAGCGGAUGGAGCAAGUAUUCAGAGCCAAGAAUCACCAACGACUAGUUCGCGACGUACAAGUUUGGCAAGUCGAUUGAAAGACACCGCCGAUAUUCUACGUAGCAGAUCGAAAAGUCGAGAACGUGGCGACAAGUCACCAGGUGCUAGACGAUCCAGUCGUGGUAGUGGUGUUUUCUCGUCGACGUUGAGUUUAUUUAAGAAGAGGGAGAGAAAGAAGAGUGGAAGUAGUAUUGGCACGCCGGACACUUUGGAUCGAUCCAGAGAGAAUUUGGAUGGGAUUGGACAUGAUUAUAAUAAUAGUUAUAGUCUGACUAGUUAUUAUAGCCAACAGCAAACACCGAGGAAAAAGAACGAGGGCGACGUGAUCUUCAUAAGUCUGUACGGUGAGAACGACGAGUUUAGGUAUAAAGAUGAAACACCAGUGGACAGCACGUUACCUUCGGAGAGUAUUACCUCGAUACCUCUCGAGAGUGAACAUCAUCAGCAGCAGCAUGAACAGCAACAUCAAUGUGAGAAAUAUGACGCGUCGAGUCCGCAACAAACUUCCGUUAAUAUCGUCUGUACUGAUGCGACGAUCGAACAUCAUCGCAGAUCGAGAAUAAGAGAUAGAAAUAGUAAAGAUAGCGCAAGAAUCUCGUCGUCAUCGGGUGAAAGCCCGAAAAUACCGGAAAGCCGCUCGAGGGACUCGCACAUAUCAAGGAGCGAGUCGAGGGAUUCGAAAGUCUUAGCUGAUGAUAGGUACGACGUCACUACUGUUACAGGUCAUCAAACGCCAUCGGAUGAACAAACCCAACGUCUUUCAACCAGUUCAUCACGCGACUCAAUUGGUCGUAAACCUGACAUCCCAAAACCAAAGCGCAAGAAGAAGCCAACCACACGACCGCCGCCACCUCCAGUUGAUCAAUUAACAUCCACUACCACGAACAAACCAGAACUGAACGGUAAAAUUCCAGUAGCACCAAGUCCUGUAAGCUGCGAACAAUUGCAGCAACAGCAACAUGACAGUUCGGAAUCGGAAAGAGACUCAGAAACUGACUUUGUGAAAAGUAAAACCGUGGAAAAAGAAGUUGUUGCCGAGGAGUUGCCAGAUGAGAGAAAAGGUCUUUGCUACGAGGAAAGUUUCGAGGAAGAUUUACCCUACGUGCCCACAACGUUACCUCUUGAGAAGAGUGUAGCCAUUCCAAUACUGCCCAUCAAGCAGCGUGUCAUCCAGGAAGUCAGAACGACGCCGAUCGAAAGGCCACGUUCCACGACACCAAUCAAUCCAACGCUGCUUGACGAGUUCGUCCACACUUCGUCGUCGUCUCACGAUGAGCAACAACGUCGCGUAGAAAAGAUGCGGAUAUCGUUGCCACGCGACAGUGACGUGAGAGUUAAAUCACCGCAUCGUCCAUUAACUGCUCAACACAGUUUCAGCGAGUUUGCCGGUCGUGUGCCAAGACUGAGUCGCGCCUUGAGUUUGACUAAGUCGCCAAGCCCACCUCCACCAUUGCCACCACGAGCACCCACAACGGUGCUCACCACAGUGGCAACCAGGCCGCAAAACUGGAUUAAUUUCGAGGAAAUACCCGAAAAGAGAAAAGCACCCAAGAGGAUACAGACCAUUCCGAGGCUUGAGGGUGAGCCUGGACAUUCGCAGACUACUGCGACUACUACUGCCACGGGCCAAUAUAGUUACGUUCAGCCUGAAGAAUGUCGUUGCGAAUGUCACGAAGAAUCGCGACGAGCUUCAUUGCAUGGUCCACGGCAAUCAUCGUCUUCAUCGACUGGUGGUAGUGGUAGUAAAAACGGCAUGUGCAACGGCGAAAAUUGUCAAAAAACAAGAGCUAUCGAACUACCAACUGAAUCAGCAGCGGUUUCGGGCGACAGGUCCAGUGUUGUCAGUGAUAACAGCUCGGAGGAGUGCAGCGAACACAGCAAAUACACGACAACGGGACGCCACAGAUCGGACAGUCGACCAUUUGCAAUGGACCUCGACGUGAGCAGCAACCGGUCUAGUAUCAUAUCUCAAGACGAGACUGAAGACGACGAGCAUUGACAAAGACGAGAUCAAUAUAGAAUUCCUAAAUUCGAGAAACGUUUCGUUUUAAUUAUGAUGAUUAUUUUUGGCGGCCAAGCGUGGAUUUUGAAAGCAGUGGAAUAUUUUACAAUAUUAAUGUAACUAUCAUUAUGAAAAAAUAUUUAAGAAUGUUUUGACCACGUCAAAAUAAGCACCAUCUCAUACAGUAACUAAAAAUUCAUUUAACUUUCUGAAAUUUAGAAAAAUACGUUAUAUAUAAACGACUGACCAAUGAAUUGAUUUACGAUUGUACAUGAUUACAAUUAAUUUGCAUUGCUAAAAAUAUUGUAAUAUAAUCCAAUUAAAAUCUUGAUAUUAACGAAAGUCGAAUAAGUUUCUUGAAUUUAUGAAUUUUUAGUAUGUUGUUAAUAAUUGUAACUCGGAUUUAUAACUGAAAACACAGUCUGAAAAAAACAAAAGAACCCAAACAUUUUAGAAAUGUUUUACAAUGUUUCUUGAUUAUACGAUUUUGACGGUGUGUCCAUUCAUUAUCAGUAUUAAAUAUGAAAUCAAAUUGCUAGCUUUCGUGAUGUCCGAAAAAUCUAAAAUCAUUCGAUUGUUAGUCGCAAUACUGAAAAAAAUGUAAUUUUUAGGACUUGCGAAUCGUUAUUUUUUAGAGUUCGAUGCGCUCAUGGUGAAAAUUUGUUUUUCCAUUGUUGAAAAAGAUUGUUAAAUUUCUAAUGUUGUAGUUUGGUACAGUUUCCAAAAAUCAUAAAGCAUUGAUCUAUCAAAAAAUACUGUACAAAUAAAAUGAAUCGUCUUAAACUUGCCAUCAUCAUAUAAGUGUAUCUGUCAAAUUCUUUUCUCCGUAUAUGCGUUACUUGCAUGACGAGUUUAAUUUCCGAAUUGAAAAAAACUGUAAAAAUAAGAACACGAAUAACCAAUGGAAAUGCGAAUGUUAAAAAAUGCCACACCAUAGAAAUAUAUAACUGACGUGAAAAAUUUAUCUGAAACUUGACCGCACAUCGCUACUAGUUAAAUAUUCUAUGACUAAAAGUGUAGUGUUAUAUAUCGAUAAGGUUAUUAAGAAAAAAUGAAUUAUUGUAUAAGUUAAAAAAAGAUCAUUAUUUUAAUAAUUUUUUGCUGUUGUUACUCCCGCAAUGUGUAUAUACAUACAUGGAUUAUAUAACGACGUGACACUGCAAACUCAUACACACACAUGCGCACACAAAACAUAUAUAUAAUGGACUGACUUGCUAUUAUUGAACGUGAAAGAAACCUUACUAAAGAGACAAAGACAGAGUUUUAACAUACAAGUACAUAAUAUAUUAAAUAUUAGGUAAACAAGCGAACCCUUAUGCGAUUAUUUUCAUCUUCUUUAUUUGUAAAUAGUCAAUAACGGAAAAUUCAAAAUUGCAUACAAACAGAAGAUGAGAGAGACACACAUUUUUCUUCUCCCUUUUUUGAAAAUAUUUUUAUCUGAGAACUUUGUGAGCCAUUAAAGUCAAUUCUUUUUUUAGAACAAUAGAUAGAUAAGAUUUUAAUAAUUUUUUUCAUACCUACCUUACAUAUACAAUUGAACUAUGUAAUAAAAUGAUUAAUAUGAUUAGUACACAUAUUCGAUAAAUUUAGAUUACCGGAGCGCAUUUAAAAAAUAAUCGAAUUAACGUUUAGAAAAUAUGACACAAAAAAUCAAUCAAAUCACCGUCUAAAUGAAAAAAUGCCGUUGAGUAAAUGAUUAUAAUAAAUCUUAAAUGUCACUCAAUUUAGAUAUCAUCUAUAUCAUUGAAACUAACUUACAAAUUGUUAUAAAAAGCAUAAUAAUGAAACUGUAAAUUCCUUUUAGUAUAAAUCAUUGUUAAAUAUUAUGAGCCGAGAACUAGGAAGACUAUAGUACAGAAAAUUUGUAUAAAAUUCUUGGUUAGUUGUUACAUCUACAUCAGUUUUACUAAAGCCAAAAGGAAUAAAAAACGCUUUUAUAAAAAUUUACAACUGAAUACGUUUCAGAUUUAUCUCGAUGAUUUUACCUGCUUUUAUAAAAUUAUGUAAAAAAGUUAUUAUAAAAAAGGUACACGUUACCAUUUCCGCUAUAAACUCAACGGCAUGUUUUCAAUAUUUCAUUUUUGGUCAUCUUGGCCUUUAAUUGUUGAUAAAAAUAAAAAAAUCGGAAACUCGUAUUAGAAUAAACAGAUGAGCAUUUUUUCCAAAAAUGGUUAAAACUCAUUAGCUCAGUUAUGGGCACCAACGAGAAACUACUGUGUUCAAACAAUCUUCAUGUAACAAAAAAUGUCUAGACGUAUCAUAAUAAAAUGUGACUAGUCCUUCAUUCUUAAUCUUAAUAUAUCACUGAACAAUACCAGGUCAGAUAAGUUGACCUUUUUAUCUUAGCUUUCUAUAACAUUUAGUAAAAAAGUUAAAACAGUUCAAAAUUUUCAUUAUUUUAUAUCGACUGGGUAAUAAAAUUUUCUUUAUAUAUUCUAUUGUAAGAGCAAUAUUAGUGAUCGAAAUUUUAAUAUAGUGUUUCGCUAUUUGAUCAUUAGAUUUUUACUGUAUUAUUAUAUUAUCUCAAUUAGUUUUACCACACUUCGGAAUAAGACAAGACUGCCGGUAAAACAGUUACGUUAUACUGAAAAAAAUUUUUGAACUAUAUAAAUCUACGCUAAUCUCGAAGCGCAUAAAACAAUGAUCUGAAAUACAUUUUUUAUAAGUAUUGGGUAGAAGUACAAUUUCUUCGGAUGAUCUGUAUAGUUUAAAAACAGUCGACUUUCUCUAUGCAACGAUGCUUCAGUGUAAUGCGUAAUCAAUCCCAUUUAGAAUGCUUUGUAAAACGUGAUUAGUUUUUUCGUAACGAGCGGUGUGUAAUAUUAAUUGCUUGGACUGAUAAACCUGUACAGAUUAACUGUUCAUACACAUAUAAAAUCGAUUUAUUAAAGUAUUCGUAUAGAAAUGUUUCAUAUAAAUGAUUAAAUUUACUUGAGUAAUAGACUACUUGAAAUAUCUUUACGUAAUUUUACUCUAUGACAAGAGACAUUUUUUAGCUUAAGUCUUGAACAUUAUGAAAAAGUUAAUUUUUAUUCCCAUACAAUAU